CGGUCAUGUGAUCAGCUGUGUCCAAUCACAGCUGAUCACAUGGGACAUGUACACUGAUCAUCAGGGCACUGGUGAUCAGUGUGCCCUGAUGAUCAGUGUGGCCCCAGAAGUGCCACCUGUCAGUGUCCAUCAGUGCCAGCAGUCAGUGCUCAUCAGUGCCACGUGCCAGUGCCCAUCAAUGCCACAUCAAUGCCACAUAUCAGCGCAUACCAGUGCACAUCAAUGCCACAUAUCAGUGCCCAUCUGAGCUGCCUUUCAAUGUCACCCAUCAGUGCCAAUCAGUGCCACCUAUCAGUGCUACCAAUCAGUGCCACCUAUCAGUGCCAGUCAGUGUCGCCUAUCAGUGUGCAUCAGUGCUGCCUAUCAGUGCACAUCAGUGCCGCCUAUCAGUGCCAGUCAGUGCCACCUAUCAGUGCC